AUGGUUCCCCUUUCAACCGCUCCGAAAAUCCGGGGGGGAUCGGCUUACCUUAGGCUAUUACUUACGCAGGCUAAGACAUUCAUGAAUCUCUACCAACGAUUGAUGUCAAGUGGCUGGAAGAAUCCCAUUGUCAAUACCGAGCAUGCUACUCUUCUUUAUACACUCCUAUCUGAGCUAGCGUAG